UCUUCGCCCCGAUCGCUGCCGGAUUCGCACCAGAACCACUGUCGACCUGCUCUGGCCGGCAUCCGUCAUGAGUCGCUUCAAGCUGCCACCCAAGGGAAAGAAGGCCACCAAGCCCGAGGAAGCCGCCCCGCUGAGCUUCGAUGACAUAGUCGAUGAGGCCAUCAACAUGGAGGAGAAGGGAGACCGAUACGUCGACGGCGACAAGGCCAGACGGUUCUACGAGCGGUCGUGCGAGCUCUACGCCCAAGCCGUUGCCAUGAAUCCCGAGCACGAUCCCCUGUACAAUCGCGGGCGGCUGCUGCUGCUGCUUGCCGAAUUCCGCAAUCCGCCCUAUCGUCCCAGCGAAUGCCGCGGGCUUCUUGAGAGCUCGGUCAACUGUCUCCGGAGGGCCGCUGAGCUCGAGCCCACCAACACCGACACCCUGUUCAACUUGGCCCAGGCCCUCCGAACAAGUGCGGAGCAUCUGUUUUCGAUCGAUGGUCAAGAGCCCCUCGCUAUUGCCGUUGCCGAGGAAGCCUGUGCAUUGCUCGAGAAGGUAUUUGCGCUGCAAAGCGAGGCGUAUCAAAGGAACCCUGUCGACAGCGCUGGAUCCGAGCCCCAGCCGGGCGUUUCCACUCAGCAGCUGCCCCAGGACGGCGACAAGAUCGAAGAGUCUCUCGAGAGCGUCACCGCCAUUCAGUCUGUCACCAAGGACACUCUGAUCGACACCCUCGUCGCCUGGGCAGAGACCCUCAGCCUGCGAUCCAGCUUCUGCUCCGACUAUGCCUCCUGCAUGCACUUUCAUAGCGUCGCCAUGGAGAAGCUCAAGCUGUCCGAGGCACUCGGCAUCGAGCCCGCUCGGCUGUCGCUCCGCUGCGCCGACGCACUGUCGACACUUGCGGACACUCUGGCCUCGAACGAGGUUGAGCCCACCACCGCUGCUGAGUACUUCAAGCAGUCGCUGGCGCUCGUGCAGCGUGCGCUUGAGAUCGAGCCAUCAAGUGUCGAAGCACUCUGCGACAAGGGCGAUAUCCUGUGGAGCUUCCUGGCCUUCCAGAUCAAGUACGGAGGCUCCGAGGCCGAAAUCCGAACGGCCUUCGCCGACGUCGUCAAUAGCUACACCUCGGCCUUCCAGCUGGAGUCGCAAAAUGCCGAAAUUUGCGCAAAGCUCGGCGACGCCCAGCUGUACCGCAUUUUGCUCUAUCCGUCGCCCGAGCAGCAAAAGACUCGUGAGGUUCUAGUCGGAAAUGCGAUCCUCUACUACAAGCGCGCCCUUGCCAUCAGCGAAACCCGGAUCGAUGCGAUCCGCACCUGCCUGCACAUGGGCAAGGCCGCAUCGCAGAUUCCGGAGCGAGAUAUGGAGUGUCGCGAGGCCAUGAUUAUGUGGAAGAAGAAGGGCGGCAAGCUUGUCAACGGCAUUUUCAGCGGCACCGACGAAGACAUUCCGGUCGAUUUCAGCCCGGCAACGAAAGCGUCACCCUGGUUCCAGCAGCUCCUGGUGAUUUUGCAAAGUGUCUAGCCCAGCCUGCUGGUGGGCAGAGCAGCGGGCGCUGUCGAGGGCUCGAAUCGUCUGGGACGGCCAAGAUCCCGGAGCUGGCCCGCCAUGGCCUUUGCCGGUUGCCGGUUGCUGGUGCUGUUGGGUGUUGAUGAGGAAGCCGCACUGGAGCGUCGCUGCAGAUUCGAAAUUGAACAGCAUACUCCCAACCAUUCCGCU